UUUUCACUGAUCUACCUAACAGAGGCAAGAUGAUGCUAUGGAAAUCAGUUGGCAACUUGAUUGUCACCCUUUUAUUCGCCACGACAGAGCAAUCUACUAGCAGUACCGCUAUUAUCAAUAAUAGUAGUAGCAGACCGGAAGACCAUCAAGUUCGACUCCAAAAUGGUCGCCUGUUGGGGUAUGCCGAGUAUGGACCCAAAGACGGAUUUCCCGUCCUCUACUGCCAUGGGUUCCCCUUCUGUCGACGCGAGUGGAACCUAUUUGUGCCGCCUACCAACGACGACAACCUCCUGGAAGAUCUCAAGAUUCGCCUCAUUAUUCCCGAUCGACCUGGCUAUGGUCUGUCGGAUUGGAACCCCGAUUGCCGUCAAGUAGCAGUUUGGGUUACGGAUGUUAAGGAGUUGCUAGAGGAUCACCUCCAGAUCAUUGGACCGUCAAAUAACGACAACGAUGACCGACUAUUCAGUGUGUUGGGAGUAUCCGGCGGUGCUCCCUAUGCGGCGGCAUGUGCCCACACUCUGUCCAACGUGAAGAGCUUGGGAAUUGUCUCCGGCAUGGGGCCGGCGGAAGCGCCAGGAACCACCAAGGGAUUGAGCUGGACCAUUCCUCGCGUGUGGCCUGGGUUUGUGCGUCGGUUGGUCCUUUGGGUCUUUGCCUAUGGAGCCCGCAAUAGUAGUACCGAUCCGGUGGCGUUUGCAAAACAGUGCAGCCAAGGCAUGUGCCCAUUGGACCAAACGUUUCUAAACAACAAUAAUCAUCCAGAACGACAAGAGGCAUUCGUGAACACGUUGAAAGAAGCAUUCCGGGAGGGAGUGCGAGGAGCGGAUUCCGAUGCCGAAAGCUAUCGUCGUCACUGGGGAUUCGACCUCCAAGAAAUUAGUUGCAACACGUGCCUUUGGCAUGGCACAGACGAUGCCAACGUCCCAGUGUCGGUUGCCAGGUGGAUGGCGGAGCAGAUUCCAACCUGCCGCCAAACCAACAUACUGGAAAACGAAGGACAUCUUACGAUUGCAUGCAACCAUAUGCGGGAUAUCUUAUCCACUAUUGUUCAAUGA